GGCUGGGUACGCGCUGGGCGGCGAGAGCCUCAUGGCGGAGGAAGAGAGCGAUCAAGAGGCCGAGCGCCUGGGAGAAGAGCUCGUGGCCAUUGUGGAGUCCCCUCCCGGCCCCGUGGGGCUCAGAGCUCCGGGCGACGGCCGAGGCGGCGCCGGCGGCGGCAGCUGCGGUGGCGGCGCCGGGAUCAGCAGCCGGGAUUACUGCCGACGCUUCUGUCAGGUGGUGGAAGACUAUGCUGGGAGAUGGCAGGUUCCUCUACCACAGCUUCAGGUUCUGCAGACAGCACUUUGUUGUUUCACGUCAGCCAGCGCAUCCUUUCCCGAUGAAUGUGAGCACGUGCAGUAUGUUUUGAGUAGUCUUGCUGUGAGUUUCUUUGAGUUGCUGCUGUUCUUUGGAAGAGAUGAAUUUUACGAAGAGCCCUUAAAGGAUAUUCUUGGUUCAUUCCAGGAAUGCCAGAAUCACCUCCGCAGAUAUGGAAAUGUGAAUCUGGAACUGGUGACUCGAAUCAUUAGAGAUGGUGGCCCAUGGGAAGAUCCAGUGCUGCAAGCUGUUCUUAAAGCCCAGCCCACGUCUCAGGAGAUAGUGAAUAAAUAUUUAAGUUCUGAAAAUCCACUGUUUUUUGAACUACGUGCCAGAUAUCUAAUUGCUUGUGAACGCAUACCAGAAGCAAUGGCUCUUAUUAAAUCUUGUAUAAAUCACCCAGAAAUCAGUAAAGAUUUGUACUUCCAUCAAGCUCUCUUCACAUGUCUGUUUAUGUCACCUGUAGAAGAUCAGCUUUUCCAAGAGCAUUUAUUGAAAACUGAUUGUAAGAGUGGAAUUGACAUCAUCUGUAACACUGAAAAAGAAGGCAAGACAACUCUUGCCUUACAACUUUGUGAGUCCUUUCUGAUUCCACAACUCCAGAAUGGGGACAUGUACUACAUAUGGGAAUUGAUUUUCAUAUGGAGUAAACUACAGCUUAAAUCCAACCCUUCAAAACAGGAUUUUGUAGACCAAUGUUACCAGCUUUUAAGAACAGCAACUAAUGUGAGAGUCAUAUUUCCUUUCAUGAAAAUCAUUAAAGAUGAGGUUGAAGAAGAAGGCUUGCAAAUUUGUGUUGAAAUAUGUGGUUGUGCUCUGCAACUGGACCUUCAUAAUGAUCCUAAAACAAAAUGUCUGAUUUACAAAACAAUUGCACAUUUUCUGCCAAAUGAUUUAGAAAUUCUCAGGAUUUGUGCACUCUCGGUCUUUUUUCUUGAGCGUUCCUUAGAAGCUUACCAUACUGUUGAGGAGCUUUACAAACGGCCAGAUGAAGAAUACAAUGAAGGCAUCAGUAGUGUUCAAAAUCGGGUUCGUUUUGAGUUACUUCCAAUUUUGAAAAAGGGAUUGUUUUUUGAUCCUGAAUUUUGGAACUUUGUAAUGAUUAAAAAAAACUGUGUGGCAUUACUGAGUGAUAAAUCAGCAGUAAAAUUUCUAAACGAGAAUACACUGGAAAAUUCUACAGUUAAUCGAAAGACAGUGAAACGGCAAAGUUUAGAUGAAGGUCUUGAUGCUCGCCCAGGUCACAACACUAAAGAGACUGAGCCCGAGAGGUCUAGGGUGCACCCUAAAGGUCCUGUUAAUACAAAGAAAAACUUUACUGGUCUUAAUACUUCCAAAGUAGAUCACAAUGUCCCCAGGCACCGGUGCAUGUUAUGUAACAAAGAAUUCCUUGGUGGUCACAUUGUAAGGCAUGCCCAGGCUCAUCAGAAGAAAGGCAGUUUUUCAUGUGUCAUAUGUGGUAGAAAAUUUAGAAACAGAGGACUUAUGCAGAAGCAUUUAAAGAAUCAUGUUAAGAAGAUACAGAGACAGCAGAUUGCUACAGUACGUCAGGAUAGUCAGGAAAUCAUUGCUUUGGAAGACAGAAAAUGUUCCAGUUCUUCCAUUUCACUUAUAAAUGGGAAUUCUGGUAAUAAGGAUUUAGAAACAGAGACACUGACUGCUUCCAGUGAUGGAAACAAAGAAGCUAUCCCUGAGCACAUGGAUAAAUUGGUUGAAAUUCCUGCUGGUAUACCAGAGGAUGCUGUUCCAAACAUUACUGAAAAUGGCAUACCUGAUGCUUCUUUAAAUAAUGUCUUCAAACCUUUACCUCAGUGUGUAGAUGACUAUGAGGAGGAAGAAAAUGAAGAAGGUGAUUAUGAGGUCGAUUAUGACCUGAAUCAAGAAGGCUCAGUGCUUCAUAAAAUCAAUGGAACUGUGUGCCAUCCAAAAGAUGUGUAUGCGACAGAUCAAGAAGGAAACUUCAAGUGCCCUGCUCUUGGCUGUGUCAGGAUAUUUAAAAGAAUUGGAUUUCUAAAUAUACAUGCAAGGACUGUACAUCCAACUGAUUUAAAUGUGAGACAAACAGUUAUGAAGUGGAGUAAAGGAAAAUGCAAAUUUUGCCAAAGGCAGUUUGAAGAUUCUCAGCAUUUCAUAGAUCACCUUAAUAGACAUAGUUACCCCAAUGUAUACUUCUGUUUGCAUUUUAAUUGCAACGAGUCCUUUAAGCUGCCAUUCCAGCUUGCCCAACAUACAAAAAGUCAUAGGGUAUUUCAAGCUCAGUGUAGUUUUCCAGAAUGCCACGAGCUUUUUCAAGAUCUCCCUCUGUUGUAUGAGCAUGAAGCCCAGCACUACUUAAGUAAAACACCAGAGUCAUCUGCACAACCAAGUGAAGCAAUUCUUCUGGAUGUUUGCGCAGACUCAAAUCCUAAUCACCAGGAAGUUAACUCAUCUAGCAGUGAGAAACAAACGAUGAAUCUACCAGUUUCUACUAGCAAGUCAAGGAAAGAUUCUACAGAACCAAAGACAUGUAUAGAAACUAUGGAAAAGAAAACAGACAGUUUAGUUCAGAAUGGAAAUGACCAUUCAAGUAUAAGCUUGAUAGACCAAAAGAUGCCUGACACAGAGCCAAAUAGCUACCGCAAGAGUGGUUUAGUCAAUGGACACAGUGAGAUAGAGCAGAUACCUUUAGCUUCCUCAGAUCCUGCUCUGAAAACUGAUACAAACAGCAUCAGAACAGAAAAUGGUUCUAUUUUACCCAGUGUUGUCCCACAAGAACACAAUGUCCUGCCAAUAUCUCAGGCAUCAUCCAAACCAAAUCAUACAAGUGAACAAACUUCAUAUGGCUUAAUUUUAACAAAGCCUUAUGUCAGACCAUUGCCUCCUAGUUACCUUGAUGAACGGUACCUUAGUAUGCCAAAACGCAGAAAAUUUCUGUCUGAUAAAGUAGAUGCCUGUUCUGAUCAAGAUAACAUUUAUAAAAAACCAGCAAAAAGAUUAAGAUGUGGUAAAUGCCUGACCACCUACUGUAAUGCAGAAGCACUUGAGGCUCACCUUGCACAAAAGAAAUGUCAGACACUCUUUGGAUUUGAUUCAGAUGACGAAAGUGCCUGAUAAAAGUGUCUCAGAAAGACCUGUUGAUCAAGCAGUAGUGUGAAAAAAGCACUACAAGAAGAUGCAUCAUCAGUUUGCUAUUUCCUUGAUGGCCUUAAUUUUAGAGUGGUCUCGGAUUACUAAAGAUAAAGACAAAGCACAUUUUCGGGAAUGAACUUGCAGAGAUGUGCUGGCUUAGACUCCAAAAGGGUUAUUACAAAACUCCCAAAGUACCAGUUAUCCAAGAAACCACAUUUUUUUAAAAUAAGUUUCUGGUGAUAAAUAGCAGCAUGUCCAGUUUUGCCUGUGUGAAAACAUGCUCGGGCAGCUGUCAGAAAUGACAACCAGCUAUGGCCUUACUGAAAGGGAAAAGCUAACCCAUUAUAAAAUAGGAGGUGGAAGGGGAGCUGGUUUACAAUAAACACUAAAGCAUACUGAAAAUGGGAUUUAUUUUCUUGUCAUGCAUAAUCAGAUCAUGUCCUUCUUUCUGGUCAAAUGUGUUUUAAGGAACCAUUGCUCUUUCAUUUGUGAUAUAAUUUAGAAGCUGAUACAUAGAAAUAAAGCUUGAUCUGUCACCAUGUUAUCUAUUAAAGGUUGUAACUUCUUUUCAGAUGAUUAGAGAGGUCAUAGUUCAGUGAAUGGCAUGCCAACAUUGAAAAUUACAACUGCUUUGCUAAUAAGCUCUUGAUAGCACCUUCAACUUAACACUUUCAUAAAGCAAGUCUAUAUAUUUAAAAGGCAGCAGUGUUAAAUAGAAAGUAGUGUCAGUAACUUUGGGAGCCAUGUAGGAAUCUAAGACCAAUACUGGCUAUGUAGUUGAAGGAAAACACUGAAUUGCAAAUUCUUCAAUGUGAAUAAUGGUAAAAGCACACUGGGAUAUUUCUAUUUGUAUAUAGUGUGAGGACAUUUGCUGGUUGAUUCACAGUAAGGUCCUUUGGGCACUAGUGUGAGUUAUCUAAGUACAGUCCUGUGAAAACAAUUGGCUUAAAAGUAUGUCAGCUAAGAAUCAGGUUGAGAGUUCAUUUUAUUCAGUUAGGAGAGUUAAUUCCAAUGUAAGCCAUACUACUCAUGUAUUUUAUUCAUUAGUGAUGAAUCUGGUCCAAAUAGUAAUUUUUAUAUUUAAGGAAGUAUUUAUGCCAAAAUUUGCACAGCAGGAACAUAAUAAGAGAUAUAUUAAUUUCUUAUUUUCCUUGUAAUCAGUAAUUUUCCUAAGGAAGAUUUUUAACUUAUUAAAUUAUUAAAACAAUAAAUGUUUUACAAAUAUUCUUUUAAAGUAUAUUCUGGAUGUUUCCCACCUGUCUUAUUAUUGAAAUGAAGAUGCUAAAAGGACACCUUCACCUAAUAAUUGUUCAUUAAUUCAAAGUGGGAUAAAAUAAAAAGCACAAAGGCAAAUUAUUUUAAAAGAAUGUCAAUCAAAUAUUCCAGUAAUUCCAAAUGAUAGUUUUGUUAGAAGCAGAUAAUCUCAUCAGACUUCUACUAUUAUAAAUUGUAGGAUCAUUGGAGCUUCUUGAAUGCAGUUAGGAGAAUGGGACAUUUCCAGGGUGGCAUCCAGAUUUUUUGAAAUUAUGAUUUCCAUAUCAUGCUGUAUCAGAUGAUCUAAAAAUAGUCCCAACUUUAUUAUUAAUCAUGGGCAUUCAGUACUAUGCAAUGAUGGUCAUAAGUCCAUUCCAAUCACAUCUAAGUUUGUUUGUGUUUUGUUAUGUAGCCUACAUUAGGCUGUGAAAUUUACAUGUAGAUAAUAAGUACAACUCAUAAUCAGGUUUUCAAAUCCUCUUAAGGUCAACGCUAACAGAGUGUUUUCCAUACUUCCUGAUACUAAAAGUGUAAUAAUGGACUUUUAUUUCAGUUCAUUUUAAAAGUUCAUCUUGUAAUAAAAAAAGUAUAUUUGGAAACUGGCUCGUUCGACAGUGACUUUUUUUGAACAAUACUUUCUGCUUUUGUAUGUUUUCCACAGCAUCAUCUUACCAUAUGUUAAUUUUUUACAAGUUGUAGCCACUGACAAGUCUUAAGUUCACAGUAUUACAUUUUCAUGAAUUUUGAAGUUUAUGCUAGAAUGUUUUAAACAUAUUACACCUGUUAUUUGUCACUAAGCUUAAUUUGAGGUUUUUAUCUCUACUUUUGUGUUGCCAUGAGAAAAUUUUCUGAAACAUCAAAUCGGUUUAUAUUUAAUGAAAUCAAGUAAUGUCAUAUAAAAUUCUAUUUGACCACAUUCUAACCUCUUUAUUUAUCUACUCCAAUAAGGAUUAUUGAAAGAGUGUGUAUAUUUUAUUAUGCCUGUCUUUUAAAAUAUAAGCCUAUGUCAUGUUGCUUUUUUAGGUGUUUAAAUUACACAUUUAGGGAUUCAGAAGAAAGGAAGCUUUCUUCUUACACAACCUUUUCCUUUUUACUUCUUUUCUACUUCUAUUUUGAGGAUACAUGGACCAAGUUUAAAGUCUUACUUUCUAAAUUAAAAAAAUUCCUUCAAAAAAUGAAAUACUAAAUUUCUGCUAUGUGUCAGUGAGGUCAAGAAAAAAAGCAAAUCUGAAUUUUUGCUGCUUAGACAUAGAAGACAGAAAAGUGGAAUCUCUGUGGACAAGGACACUGGUACUUUGGGCUCUAGCCAUACUCAUUUUUUAAAAAACCAUCAAUUAUGAAUAAUUUAUAUUAUUGAACUUGUGAUUCUUUUCAAAUCACUGAAGGUUCAGCUGUGCUUUCAUGUUUGGUUUAGUAACUAUUGUAUGAAUGAAAAACUUAAAAGGGAUGAUAGUGUUUAUUUUCUAAUUUAUUUGGUACUGUAAAACACCUUUUCAGAAUGAGUAAAUGCUGCAUAUGCAUUUUGGAAUUGUUCAUAUGUGAAAGAUAAUACAGAUUCAGCAAGAAAGGAAAUUUGUGCUUCCUUGUUGAAUAUUAAAUUAUUUUAUUGUGCAUUUUAUAAAAGUACAAAUUACAACUGAGCCAUUGAACUGCAAUAAAUCAACAAUAGUGUCUCAUUUCAGAAAAUUUUUGUAUUGUACAUAGAUUUGUUCAAUAAAACAUUGUCCUUGUUGGUAA